GCAGGCAAGGCAGAGAGGGAGCGAGGGUAGAGAGAGAGAGAUCCCCAAAGCAGCCCUGCGCCUCUCAGCUGGAGUCUGCCAGGGCGCUGCCAGCAUGUUGGUCCUCAGCCCGCUUGUCUGGGGAUCUUACCUGCAGCUUCUCUUCUGCUUUGCUUUCUCUCAGACUGCGUGCGUUGACAAUGUCUUCUCAGUUUCAGCAGAUCUCCCUUGUUUGGAACAGAAGAAACAGCUCAACCGCAGAGCGUGCUGCCUCCUUGGCCCUCCUCCACCACCCUUGUUUCCACCACCGCACUUCAGGCACGGCUGGAGCACUAAGCUGCUUGCCCUGGAUAUGAAAGAGUUGUGUCUGGAGCUCCAGAUAAUGCAGGCUUCCUCCCUGCCCGGAUCGUAUUGCCCCACAGGGCCUCCUGGCCCCCAGGGUCCACGAGGAAUUCCUGGUAUAAUGGGACCAAAAGGGGAGAAAGGGGAGAUUGGCAGGCCAGGAAGAAAGGGUAGACCAGGUCCCCCGGGUGUCCCUGGGAUGCCAGGACCAGUGGGAUGGCCUGGACCUGUGGGACCGAAGGGUGAAAAGGGAGAGUUGGGUGUGAUGGGAUUGCCAGGUACAAGAGGACCAAUGGGCUCCAAGGGUUUUCCUGGAACUAGAGGAGAAAAGGGAUCCAGAGGUGACAGGGGUGACAAAGGAGUCAAAGGAGACCAGGGAGAAAUAGGCUUUCCUGGAAUGCUGGGACAAAAGGGAGAGAUGGGCCCAAAGGGACAAUCUGGAGUACCAGGACACAGAGGACCUAUAGGAAGACCUGGAAAACGAGGCAAACAGGGGCUAAAGGGAGACAUUGGACCUGCGGGUAUCAUGGGUCCACCUGGAAGGCCUGGUCCUUCUGGCCAGCCGGGCCCCCCUGGACCUUCAGGAUCAGGGCAAUUUGCAAUAGGACCAAAAGGGGAAAGAGGACUUCCAGGGCCUCCAGGGAGAUGUCUCUGCAGAUCCCCACAACAUAUGAAUAACCCGACAUAUGAGGAAUCUGUGUUUGGACACAGUUAUCCAAAAGUUCCUGCGAUUUUUGUGGUGAAUAAUCAAGAAGAAUUGGACCGGUUAAACACUGAAAAUGCCUUAGCUUUUAGAAGAGACCAGAGAUCUUUGUAUUUCAAGGAUACCUUUGGAUGGCUCCCAAUCCAGCUCACCCCUUUCUAUCCCGUGGAUUACCGCUUCGCAGCUGGCGGUACCUGCGGCGAUGGGAUCGUGCAGGAUGGGGAAGAGUGCGACGACGGCAAUGCGGUUGUGACUGAUGACUGUAUAAGAUGCCGCCGUGCUUACUGCGGAGAUGGCUACAGACAUGAGGGGGUUGAAGACUGUGAUGGGAAAGAUUUUGGAUAUUUGACAUGUAAAACAUAUCUCCCUGGGUCUUACGGCAAAUUGCGAUGCACUUCUUACUGCUACAUUGACUCUACACAGUGUCGAUACUUCACAUGAGGGGAGCGGAGGUGGGUAGCAUCCCACACGUAGCCGGGUGCUAGGUGCUACACUAUCAUCUAUCCAAGAAGGACUGGGACAAAAAAAACCUCCUACCCACAUCUGUGUGAAAACAAACGAAAGGACAUCAUGCUGCUGAUGGCCAUUUUGAGAUGUUUUUCUUUUUUUUUUUUUUUUUAAAUUAAGUCAGAUUGGGAAAGAAUAGGACCACUGCAUCCUGUCUUAAUAGAGAAAUGUCAAACAGUGUUUGCCAGUAAGACUUUCAUGCGGCUGUGGACAGCAACUUGCUCUCCAUCACAAAUGCAACAUUAAGCUACUGGAAACUGGAUUUCAUGAACCAGGAAUAUCAUGUAACUAUUACCUCGACUUAGCACUGUUAUUCCUACAUGUAAGCUCUUCAGGGUUUUUGUCUUUAAACCUUCUCAGCAUAAACACGAAGCAUAUCUGGGAUGCGGUGUUUAUAGAGACUUACUCUUUUAUUACAAUGUGAACUUUGCAAGUGUGGAAUCCGCAUGAGUGAUGACUUCUGCGAUAUUAAGGUUAACUGUACACCUUUGUGGGUCGAAGGAGCAGAGGCCUUUCAGUAAGUGCUUUAAAGAUCAGCAAAUCAUCCAAAAAAGCUGGUUAACUUCACCUUCGGGCUAAGACAUUUGGCUGUGCAAGCCCGUGUGCGUGUACGGAAGUGCAAGCAGUCACAGGAGGCCUGAAACUUCAGACCACAAAGGCCAAACUGGACAAAUAAAGUGUGAAAUAGCCAAGGAGUUCCCUCCAAGGAGAAAAUCAGACAAGGAGGAAAGAAAAAGAUGGAACAUAUGUCAGUAUUUUUCACCGCUCAGUAUUUUUCACCUCUGCAUGACCCCGAAGGGGCUGGGACAGCAUCAGUUACCUGCCUGAACCCACAGCCUGACCAUGUUCCACAUCACCUUCACUCUGGUUUCCACACUGGAAGGUCUUUUCGUUUUCAACCCCUUGUCCACCCGACCUUCAUCAUUCAGUUACUGGUUCUACCCUGUCCUCUCUCCCCCUCACUGUUUUCGCUGUUGUGUCUGGGGUACCCCCCCCCCAGUGUAUGUUCUCACUUUUGUAUCGCUGUAAAUCAGAUCUUAGAGUAGGGCGUUUAUGGAUGCUCAUUCAUGCUGUGUAAUGUACAUAGAUUUUUGUUUUUCAGAAAGUUUGUUCAACUAUAUUAGCUCUGAUAGGAGCCAGGGUAAUUAUGUACUUAUUUAUUAGCAGGCAUUAAAGAGCAUAUUUCACAUGGGAAGCAUAUUAAAUGUUAUGCGAAAAAAAGUCUGUAACAGAAGAAAAUGAAACAAAGGAUGUGCAGAAUUCAGGACUAAGAGCCUCAAAUCAAGGUGUUAUUUUGCUACAAGCCACUCUUUUCUGCUUCGCGAUAAAUGCUGUACACGACUGUUUGAAACGUGCGUGUUAUCUGUACCAGUGACAGCGCUGCAACGGCUGCACUGCUGCUUUGGUAGAAGUUAAAUAAAGGUGGAUGUUGCGUUAUAAUGAUAAUGCAUUACAGCAAUCAAGAAAUGCAUACAACUUUUAUCACCUGUAUAGAAGAAUUUAAUUCUGCAUGUCCAAAGUGAUACUGGAAAUCACCAAUUAAAAAAAAAAAAAAACCAACGAAAAUUAAUAUGACCUUUGUGGCUAUCACUUACCUGGGCUCUUUAUGUUGCUGUAAAGUCAAGCCACCAGCAUUCGUAGCCCAGUUCAGUAGUUCAAAAUUUUUCUUCUUGCCUUUUUUUUUUAAAAAAUAAUCAGAGGUCUUAAUAAAAGGUCAAGGAACUAUUGGGCUGAGGAACUUGCCCAUCAUAAGCUCUGGAAAUCUUGGCAUUAGCACAGCUGCCUUUUAAUUUCCUGCGCUUGUGCAAACAGCAGGUUCCAGCAGCGUCACAUCAUGCAGGAGAGCGUGUCCCAGCAGGAGGCUCCCAAGGACAGCCAUUCCCAGCAUCAAGUCCUGAUGGCCAAUCCUCCUGCUGAACCUCUGGCAGCAUCUGCUGAGUGUUGCCAUCCUGGGCUUGGAGAGACUUCAUCUGAACCCCUCACCUUCUCCAAGGAGUUCAUCUCUACACCUGCCCCCCAAAAAAGGCUGGAGUCUUUGAGAAAUGUGGUAAUCCCAGUGGCCUUCAGUUUUAAGUCACAUCCUUUUUAAAAGCUCCUACUUCUGAAGGACAUUGAAGUUGCAAAGCCAAGCGCACGGAGGGUAGGAAAUGUAAACAGGAGUUGUGGUCGCGUAGGGAAAAUUGUCCUGUGUUCAGGAAGGGGCGCACCGCUCUGGUCAGGAAGCAUUCACAAAGCAUGGAUUUUAAAUGGACUUUACUAACACAGCACAAACAAUCCAGCAUUUUAACAGAAGGGGGUGUAAGAUAUAUGGAAAAAAAAAAGGAACAAGUUUCUUACUACCAUUACCGUCUUGUUCCCCUCAGAUGAUAAAGCAAGAGAAAGACACCUGGAAAGGUGUUAAGUAUAUAUGAUUUUAAAAAUGGCAAAAAACUCCAACCCUUCCUCCUUAUUUCCAACAUACCUGCUUUAUUAUUAAUUGGUGAUUCUUCAGCUGGAUGCUGCCUGGUCUGCUGUGAAUUAUCCUCCCUCCUUCUCUGAGUUUCUUAACACAUUGUGCCAAGUCUGGUUCAAAAGUUAAUUGAAGCAUUUCAGUUCCUUGGCCUUUUCGCAGCAGCAAAUGCUUGCCGGAAAGUUUUCUAAUGAUUAGUAUGCAACUCUAGAGGAAUACAAAACUAGUAUGAGCUUACACCAUGCACUGUAUUAAAUGUAUACUAAAAAUCCAGCUUGCACUUAAUAUGUGAUUAAAUAUAUGUAGUUACCUACUGCGUGUAUUAGCAGCUCAU